AUGUUGCUGUGGACGGCUGAUUGGAGAUCACCCAGGAGUUGACUGUAGCUGGCCUGUUUAUCAGGCUGCCCCACAGAAAGAUGGUGGAGAAUGGUCUGUGCAAAUCCACACGAAGACAAGUCCAACAGAUGCAUUUGGUACAAUCAAUUUUCAAGAUGGAGAUCACACUUACCAUGCCAAGUACAUUAGGCUCUCUUAUGACAGCAGUUUGGAACAGCUGAUGCACCUGAUGGUUAAGGAAUGGCAGAUGGAGUUGCCAAAGCUAGUGAUCUCUGUUCAUGGAGGCAUUCAAAACUUCAAGCUUCCCUCAAAGAUUAAACAGGUUUUCUGCAAAGGAUUGGUGAAGGCUGCUGAGACUACAGGAGCUUGGAUCAUUACAGAAGGCAUCAACAGUGGAGUGUCCAAGCAUGUGGGGGACGCAUUGAAAGGCCGUGCUUCACCCCACCUGAGAAAGAUCUUUGCUGUUGGGAUUCCUCCAUGGGGUGUCAUUGAGAACCAGAGUGAUCUCAUUGGAAAAGAUGUAGUUUGCCUGUACCAGACUCUUGGUAAUCCACUCAGCAAGCUAAGUACCCUCAACAGCAUGCACUCUCAUUUUCUAAUGGCAGAUGAUGGGACAGUAGGCAAGUAUGGGAAUGAGAUGAUGCUCAGGAGGAAUUUAGAGAAGUACAUAUCACUUCAGAAAAUACACACAAGAAUGGGCCAAGGUGUACCCGUAGUUGGGUUGGUGGUGGAAGGAGGCCCCAGUGUGAUCCUAAUGGUGUGGGAGUACGUGAGGGCCAGCCCAGCUGUCCCUGUGGUGGUCUAUGAGGGCACUGGCAGAGCUGCAGAUAUCCUGGCUUUUACCCACAAACACACAGGUGAUACAGGGGAGCUGCGCCCUCAAGUAAAGGAGGAAGUCUUAGUGAUGAUUCAAAACACAUUUAGCUUGGGACAGAAACAAUCCAGUCAUCUGUUUCACAUUUUGAUGGAAUGCAUGGAGCACAGAGACUCUAUAACCAUAUUUGAUGCGCUGUCAGAAGAUCAGCAGGACAUUGAUUUGGCAAUUCUGACUGCACUCUUGAAAGGUACAAAUAUGUCUGCUUCAGAUCAGCUAGAUUUGGCACUGGCCUGGAACCAGAUAGAUAUUGCCAAGAAACACAUACUGGUUUAUGGACAACACUGGAAGGUUGGUGCCUUGGAACAGGCAAUGCUGGAUGCUUUAGUGAUGGACCGUGUGGAUUUUGUGAAACUGUUAAUAGAGCAUGGAGUGAACAUGCAUCGUUUUCUUACCAUAUCUCGUUUGGAGGAACUCUACAAUACAAAGCAAGGACCAUCAAACCUACUUUUGCAUCACCUAGUUCGAGAUGUGAAACAGAAUACUCUUUCUUUGGAUUACAAGAUAUCACUGAUUGAUAUUGGGCUGGUGAUAGAAUACCUCCUUGGUGGAGCUUACCGGAGCAGCUACACAAGGAAGCAUUUCCGAAUUCUCUACAAUGACCUCUACAGAAAACACAAGAGCCUGUCUCAUUCACUUCAUCAGAGUAAUCAGUCGGGUAGCAGAAUGGGAUCUGCUGAAAGUACUUUGCAUUCUCAGUUCUUCAGAACAGCACAGCCUUACAAAUACAAGGAAAGAACCACUGCUUUCCAUAAGUGUAAGAAGAAAUCAAAAGAGGGUAUAAACUUCGCAGAGAACUAUGAGUCAUCUGGUUUUAUAUACCCCUAUAAUGACCUCCUGGUUUGGGCAGUACUAAUGAAAAGGCAGAAGAUGGCAAUGUUCUUCUGGCAGCAUGGCGAGGAAGCGAUGGUCAAAGCUGUUGUGGCUUGUAAACUCUACAGGGCGAUGGCACAUGAAGCUAAACAGAGCAACAUGGUGGAUGACACUUCAGAAGAACUCAAGAAGUACUCGAAGGAGUUCGGGCAACUUGCCUUAGAUGUGCUGGAGAAAGCAUUCAAACAAAAUGAGCAGAUGGCCAUGAAGUUGCUGACCUAUGAACUGAAAAACUGGAGCAACUCAACUUGCUUAAAACUAGCAGUGUCUGUGGGGCUGAGGCCUUUCGUGUCCCAUACUUGCACACAGAUGCUGCUGACUGAUAUGUGGAUGGGACGCCUGAAGAUGCGGAAGAACUCCUGGUUUAAGGUCAUUAUGAGUAUUCUCCUGCCUCCCACCAUCUUGAUGCUGGAGUUUAAAAGCAAGGCGGAAAUGUCUCAUGUACCUCAGUCUCAAGACUUCCACCAGUUCACAUGGUAUCAUGGGGAUCAGAGCCCAGUCAGCUCUAAAGAUGCCUCAUCUCUGAAGGAUUAUGACGUGGAGAAGGUUGCUCAGAAGUCUGAUGAAAGCCAAGUAGAUGGUGGACAAGGAAACCUGCCUGGCACUAGGAAAAUCUAUGAGUUCUACAAUGCACCAAUUGUCAAGUUCUGGUUUCACACGAUGGCGUACAUGGUUUUUCUCAUGCUCUUCACUUACACUGUGUUGGUGAAGAUGGAACCAAGACCAAGUGUGCAAGAGUGGCUUGUUAUUAUUUAUAUUUUCAGCACUGCUAUUGAAAAAGUCAGGGAGGUAUUUAUCUCAGAACCUGGAAAAUUCCUCCAAAAAGUGAAGGUGUGGAUUUAUGAAUACUGGAAUUUUACUGAUUCUAUAGCUAUCAUCCUGUUUAUGAUUGGUUUUGGCUUGCGCUGGUCCAAACCGCCUGUUCAAACUGCAGGGAGGCUACUUUACUGCUUGGAUAUAAUAUUUUGGUAUGCUCGACUCCUUGAUCUUUUCGCUGUGAAUCAGCAUGCUGGCCCAUACCUGACAAUGAUUGGGAAAAUGACAGCAAACAUGUUCUAUAUUGUGGUCAUGAUGGCCAUAGUCCUGUUGAGUUUUGGAGUGUCACGAAAGGCAAUCCUUUCACCAGAAGAGCCUCCUUCUUGGACUCUGGCACGAGAUAUUGUAUUUCAGCCUUACUGGAUGAUGUUUGGUGAGGUCUAUGCUGGAGAAAUAGAUGUCUGUGAAACCAAUGAAGACUGUCCUCCUGGCUCCUUCCUUACGCCAUUCCUCCAGGCUGUCUACCUCUUUGUGCAGUACAUUAUCAUGGUCAACUUGCUGAUUGCUUUCUUUAAUAAUGUUUAUUUUGAUUUGAAAUCCAUAUCAAAUAAGCUCUGGAAGUACAACCGGUACCGCUACAUUAUGACCUACCAUGAGAAGCCAUGGCUGCCUCCACCAUUUAUCCUUCUGAGCCACAUUGGACUUCUGAUAAACUGCAUCUUCCACCAUCAGCCUCCAAAUGAGCUGGAUCAAGAGGAAGGCGAUGUUGGACUAAAGCUGUACCUAAGUGAUGAGGAGUUAAAGAAGCUCCAUGACUUCGAGGAACAGUGUGUGGAAAAAUAUUUUCAUGAGAAGAAUGAAAACCUGAGUUCCAGUGACAGUGAAAGAAUUCGUCUGACAACAGAAAGAGUGGAAGAGAUGUUUCUGCAGCUUAAAGAAGUGCAUGAGAAGGUAUUUUGUAUCAAGGAGUCUUUACUUUCCCUGGACAGCCAGCUAGGACAUUUGCAAGACCUGUCUGCCUUGACAGUGGACAUCCUGAAAGUGCUUUCAGCAGUAGACACCUUGCAGGUGGAAGAAGCCUUACUGGCUGACACAAAGCUUAGAAGCUGUAGGAAGCUGCCCCAUAGCUGGAGCAAUGCACUCUAUUCCAAGACCUUGAGCAGCCUGGAGUGUUUGUAUGACAAGAAAUACCACUACUACAGCAUGCCAUCCUCCCUUUUACGGAGCUUGGUAAGGAGUCAGUGGCCAUCAGAGUGCAAAGACCAUGUAUUUAGAAUGGAGAGUAACAAGGCAGAAGACAGCUCUCGAAAGAUAGAAAUAGAAAGUGACACACUCACUUCAGGAGUAUCCUCUGAAACUAAAUCAACCCCUAGAUAUGGACAAUUUUUGCUGGUGCCCCCUGAGCAUCAGGGAGGGUCUUUCUCUGAGGACGUCACCUUAAAUUUGUCUUUCUUGAGCACUCCUGACAAGUACAGGGGCCAUGCAUUCAGAGGUGAACUGCAAAGUAGCAUUCUGGUACAGCAGAAUUUGCAGAGUGUCAGCCUCAUUGGAAAAAAGCCAGAAGAUUAUGAGUGGAACCGGAGAGACUUUGUUAUUCAUUUGCCAUCAGAAAAGACUAAUGCCAUAAAGGCCAAUCAUUCGCUUGGUCUUCACCCAUCGCUGGAUAUUGAAGAGAGUGCAGCACCCUUCUGUGAUGACAGGUUAAAAACUAAAGGUGGUUAUGUGAACUGGGGAUUUUCUGAAGGUGAUGAAAAAGGGGUUUUCAGCUCAGAAUCAAAGAAGAAGGUGAUUAGAGUGGAUGAUUGUCCCCAGAACACCCAAGUGAGCUCAGAGCCUGCAGAGAUCAAUGUCUGGGAUGAGCAAGAGAAACACAGCAAGAACUGGCUUACUGUGUCUAAUUUCAGUCAGCUAAGUUUGGAACGUCUCAGUUGCAUGCACCAGAAAAUGAAAAAUCAAGACAUUGGUAGGCAUACCAUACCAUUCUGUGAUUACCUGAGGCAUUCUCAAGAGGAUUUGAGUAAUAGCAUAUUUGGAACCACCAAGAAAAGUAAUCUGAACAGGAACUCAUUGUUGAGAACUUCAGAGGAAACUGACAAUAUGUUUGCCUGCUUGAAAACAUCUCAAGAUCUUCAUCAUCACUACUCAGCUGUUGAAAGGAACAACUUAAUGAGACUUGCUCAGACCAUACCAUUUACACCAGUCCAGCUCUUUGCUGGAGAGGAAGUGACAGUCUACCGGCUGGAAGAAAGUUCACCUAUGAACCUUGAUAAAAGCAUGUCUUCCUGGUCCCAGCGUGGUAUGGCUGCAAUGAUCCAAGUCUUGUCAAGGGAGGAGAUGGAUGGGGGUCUGCGGAGGGCCAUGAAGGUCAUCUGUACUUGGUCUGAGAAUGAUGUAUUAAAAUUGGGACAAGUAUUUAUUGUGAAGUCUUUUCUGCCAGAGGUGGUUCAGACUUGGCAAAAGAUCUUUCAUGAUGGCACAGUGUUACAUCUCUGCCUGAGGGAGAUCCAACAACAAAGAGCUGCCCAGAAGUUAAUCUAUACCUUCAAUCAAGUGAAGCCUCAUACUAUUCCUUAUACUCCAAGGUUCCUGGAAGUUUUCCUCAUCUACUGCCAUUCAGCGAACCAGUGGCUGACCAUUGAGAAGUACAUGACCGGCGAGUUUCGGAAAUACAACAACAAUAAUGGAGAUGAGAUUACCCCCAGCAGCUUGCUGGAAGAGCUGUUGCUGGCCUUCUCUCACUGGACCUACGUGUACACCCGUGGGGAGCUCCUUGUCCUGGAUUUGCAAGGUGUUGGGGAAAACCUUACGGAUCCGUCUGUAAUUAAACCCGAAGACAAAAAAUCUGGAAAGAUGGUAUUUGGACCAGCAAAUCUAGGAGAAGGUGCAAUAAGAAACUUCAUCACAAAACAUCGUUGUAACUCUUGCUGCAGGAGGCUGAAACUUCCUGAUUUGAGAAGUGACUACACACUGGAAAGGGUCAGUCCAGCCUUGGAAACAGAAAUGGAGACAAGCACCAGCGGAGCUGAUGAUGCAGAUGAGCCUUUGGAGUAUGAUACACGGCUGUGA